UAUUAUGGGUUGCUUUGGUUGCGCCUGUGGAUGCUAGUGGGAAUCUUCCAGCCGCCCGUAUUUUGUGUUGUAUCAUGGCCCUCGAAGAAUUUCUGAAGGUGGACUUGCGCUCUGGAUUUGGCAAAGCAUCGUUUGAUCAGCAAGACCUUCUUGCUUUUGGCGAUGCCUUUGGGUCUAACUUCAAAUGCCACACACAGCUGGCCUUGCCUCCGUUUGCAAAUCCUAAGGAAGGAAUGGCAGCGCUGUUGAAAGAUGAUUCGGGAAAGCAGAUCAAGAUCCACUACGACAAGGGUACGACCACGCUGGCCUUCAAGUACAAGGGUGGAGUUAUUGUGGCGGCAGACUCCCGGGCCACCGGUGGAGAGUACAUUGGCUCGCAGACCGUGAAGAAGAUAAUUGUGAUCAACAAAUACCUGCUGGGAACCAUGGCUGGUGGGGCUGCAGACUGUGUCUACUGGCAGCGUGUUCUUGCUGAACGGUGCCGCAUAUAUGAACUGAGAAACCGAGAACGGAUCUCUGUGGCAGCUGCGUCCAAGCUACUGGCAAACAUCCUUUACAACUACAAGGGCAUGGGUCUCUCUCUGGGUGUCAUGAUCUGUGGCUGGGACAAACGGGGUCCUGGGCUCUACUAUGUGGAUAAUGAAGGCAACCGGCUUCCGGGCAGUCUGUAUUCAUGCGGCUCCGGGUCAACUUAUGCCUACGGUAUUCUUGACAAUGGAUACAGCUAUGACAUGUCAGAUGAGGAUGCCUUUGAGCUGGGUCGCAAAGCCAUUUUUCAUGCCACAUUCAGGGACUCUGCUAGUGGAGGCAUUGUACGCGUGUACCGUGUGAAAGAAACUGGCUGGGAGUGCAUCAGUGAAGAAGACUGCAAGGACUUGUACUACAAGUACCAAGAAGAGAAAAUGCAGUGAUACUUUGUCCCUGCAUUUUUUCAUUGCACAAAUAAAG